GAUCGGCCCCUUGAGGUCGGAAUAAAAAGGCGCGGGGAGUGGUAAUGGUUAAGUGGUAUGGCGAUGUGCUUGAAUUCCUCCGCAUAUUGUGGUUGUGGGAGGAAUUCUUGUCGUCCGCAAACUGACUACGCCGCCUGCUACCAUGAAACGUCGACGGGCACGGUUGUUGCUUGGCUUUCCAGCGGCGGGGGUAGGUUAUGUCUAUGGGCGAGCGGACGCCGGCAAGGGCUGGCGACAUCGUUAACGCGGGAGUAUUGUUCUUCGGCAACGGCAGGAAGAACAACAACAAAAAAUUCACAAAAAGAAUUCCCCAUAUCUUCCCGCGUGCGUGUGAUCGCCGACUCCGGAAAGUUCCCUUGGAGAGCGGCGUACUGCGCAUCUUCUGAAGCAGGUCGCAGCAAUUCGGCUACCACAACCUUCUCAUCGGUCAUUCUUCCCUUUUGUGGAGAGAGGAGAGGAGGUGGAAGGUGGUCAGGAGGGGGAAAGGAGGGAAGAGGAGGGUCUAGAGCCCAAGACGAGCGACGAAGAGAGGGGGGAAAGCGCCGCCGGAGCGCGACUUGGUGUAGGGGAGCGAGUGACUGGCAACUGUCCGUUGUCGCCAUAGCGCCCGGCGAAAACGUUUUCGGAAGGGUGAGUUUUCCCUACAUCACUCUCCAGCCUUGGCAGCGGACUGGCUGUGGCGGUAGCAGCAGUCAUCGGCAGAUCGCGGCAGUGACUUCAGGACUUAGCGAGCGGACAGGUCAUCUCGUCCGUCGUCCUUACCUUUACUCUCUUGGACAAGUCUCCACCUUGCGCUGUAAGUAUCACUGCGCUGAUCACGGGGUUGAGCAUUGCGAAAGAAGAGGAGAACCGCUGUCUGUGUCGGGAUCUGCAACACGCCCCGCUCUCCGCCUCCUGGACUUGGUGUUGGAAGGGGGGGUAUCUUCCUGCUCGUCGUCUUAUCGUCUAAUCGGGGUGUCGGGAUCUGCAACAAGGCCCGGGGUGGUAGGAACAGACCUUAGUGAGAGGAGGAGCAACCCGCUGUGUUCGUGGAGCGGGAAGAGGAGGGCGAGCUGGGGAAGAGGGAGGAGAGGGAAAAGCUUGUUGCUGAACAUGGAAGAUGACAGUAUGCGUCAGGUAACGUCUAUGGAAGAACCGUGCUCUAGCCGGUGCUUGGAGAUGGCGGCGGCUAUGGCUGCUCCGGUAGCGACGAACGCCUUUCUGUGGGACCACCUGCCCAUCGUGUUGGCUGCACUUUGCGUUUUGUGGAUGACGUGGCUUCUAAUCCGUUUUUUCACGGCUGACGCUGACUUGACCCUGCUGGGCAAGGGCCCACCUCCUCCCCGAGCUUUCGAAGACAAGGUUGUUUGGAUAGUUGGAGCCAGCCAAGGACUUGGAGAGGAGCUGGCACACAGGUUCUGUCUACUUGGGGCAAAGCUUAUUCUAUCUGCAAGGAGGGAAACAGAGCUUGAAAGAGUGAAGGCGAGCUGUUCUGGCAAACAUGCACAGGAUGGGAUUGCUAUUCUUCCAUUUGACGUGGCUGGAAAGAGCGAUGCUAUUGAUUCAGCUGUAAAGCAUGCUACAAAUAUGUUUGGUGUAAUAGACUUUGUGGUUCUGAAUGCUGCAUACACUCGGACUAAAUGUAAAGCCUACGAGUUCGAUGAUGCUUUGCUGGAGGGAACUUUUGGUGUUAAUGUACUGGGGCCAAUCUACAUUGCGCGAGCCAUUUUACCUCACAUGCUGGAACAGAAGUCUGGGCAUUUUGUUGUGAUUAGCAGUGCAGGAGGAAAAGUUCCAUCGCCUACACAGGCGUUGUACAGCGCGUCAAAGUUUGCGGUGCAGGGGUAUUUCCGUUCUCUUGAUUAUGAGUUCCAAAAGGAGGGUGUUGGAGCAACCGUCGUCUGCCCAGGGCCUGUGAAGACAUCAGAUGUGAAGCCAACUAAGGAGAAACGUAUCUCAAAAGAGCGAUGCGCGGAACUCAUUGUGGCAGCUGCAGGCCACAAGUUGCCGGAAGCGUGGAUAUCUCUUUUUCCUAUUCUUCAGAUAAUGUACAUUGUACAAUAUUUGCCAGCGCUGGGGCAUUAUCUGUUAUGUAAGGUAGGACCCGGCAGAGUACAGGCACUCAAGGAAGGCGGAGAGAGUGUCUAUUCAGCCAAACUACUAUUCAGCUCGUCAAAGUCAUCAAAGUCGAAUUGAUAUCAGGCAAUCACAACUGGACUCGCACUCCAGCGAAUGGAUGAACUGAUGCAGAAAAGAAGCAAAACAAACAGGAAAAUUCAGGCAGCAGGUGCUGGCAAUGGUUGAUGUGAAGAAGAAACUUCACUGUGACAACAAAUCCCGGAACUGGAUCGGGCAGCUGGAUUGUGUUUGAACUUUGAGCUUUGAAGAUGUGACAUUUUGUUGUGAGGCACUCUGUUGUGCCUUUACCAGCCAGCAAAUGGGUUGUGGUCGAGGAGAUCGGCAUACAGGUAUAGUGUUUCGGGGUGGUGAAUGAGUCGGCUAGGGUUAAGGUUGUGAAGACUGGCCAAAAUGGCCCAUCUAUCUAUUUGUUCGUAACUUUUGAACAUUGGAGAAUUUUGGCAACAGGUGCUCGCAAUGGCUGAUGCGAGGAAGGAACGGUACUGCGACGUCACAUCCGAAAACUGGAUCAGGCGGCGGAAAUGUGUUUGAAGAUUGGACAUCUAUUUGUUUUUUAUGCACAGUGCGCACGGAAUUCUCUUGCGACUUUGCCAGCGAACGGAUUGUGGUUGAGGAGAUCUGCAGAUGCGAGUGGUGUUUUGAGUUGGUGAGUGAUUCUGUUAUGGUUGCGAUUGUGUUUGAAGAUUGGACUUUUCUAUUUUGAUUACAAUGCAUACGGAAUUCUCUAGCGACUUUGCCAGCGAACGGAUUGUGGUCGAGGAGAUGUGCAGAUGGGAGUGGUGUUUUGAGUUGGUGAGUGACCGGUCAGAAUGGCCAGUGUAUGUGUGUGGUUGAAUCAACUUGAAUGUCUAGUAUCUGGAGUGUCUCUCUUCCUUUGCUGUUUUCUCUUAUUCUCCAGGAGUAAUAUCACUGUGGAUUGCUUCUGCAUUUUUUUGUCACCAAAAGCAGGACUCCAGCUAAUGGAGGACUACUGUGUUCGUCCGAAUACAAUGUACAGUGAUUAUAGCUGUAUUUGGGGGAUCUUUAAGUCUAGAUACAGCAAUAGUGACCAUACAUUGUAUUCGGGCGAACGCAGCUGGUGAUUCUGAGGGACAGGCAGUUAAGCUAUUUUACGGAUAUUUCACGCUAGACUGCUUCUGAAUUCCAAAGUGUUUCCCAAAACUCCUUGGGAAAACGAUCGAGGCCGGGGGUCUUUUCCUCAUCCAUCUGACUCAAUGCUGUCCGGAUUUCCUCCUGUGAGAGUUGUUGAUCUAAUUGUUCUUUCUGACAAUGAUCUCAUGGAGUACUAUCGCCAUGUGUGGGAGACAGGCAAUAUGGGGGAGUUGGUGGGCCAGGGGGUCCUCACUUUAUUACAUAAGAAAGGGGAUAAGAUGGAUAUUAGGAAUUAUCGUCCCAUAACUUCGUUGACAGUGGUAUACAAAAUGCUCACAAAGGCCUGGCCAACCGUUUGAUCCGAGUUCUGGAUGAGUUUGAUUCAUCCUGCGCAAACCGGGUUCAUGCACGGGUGGAGGAUCCAGGAUAAUAUCUUACUAGUAAACGAGGUCUUGAGGCUAACCAGACAAGAUAAAUGUAAUGCAGCGGU